AUGAAUGCUGAUACAAUUCCCGACUUCCUCGCCGAACAGCGGGACGCCGCGCCGGAGGAGCUUCAACCGCUGAUACUCGACUUCGAAAAUUAUUGGGAGAGAAAGCUUUGGCACCAGCUCACUGAUGCUCUUGUCCAGUUCUUCAGCGAUGAUGGAAGCGCCCCGCAACGCCUAUCGUUUUAUAGAGUCUUUAUUCUCAAGUUUGCCGACGAGAUCAACAAGCUGAAACUGGUUGACCUGGCGCUGAAGGCCGCAUCGCAAUGCAAAGACAACCGAGAGCGCCUUGAAUUUCUGCAGUCCGUCGUGAAGAAGGUGGACACCGAAGAUUCCAAAGACGCUCUUGUCUUUGCGUCUGUUGCUGUGGCCCAAGUCAAACUGAGCCUGGAAGUCAUUGUGCACGCGGCUUUUUACGACGCAAACGCAAGCUAUUACCAGAGAAAGAUGGAUUUCGCCAACUACUACAGAACUGCCUUGCUGUACCUCGCAUGCAUCGACCUCUCGACCAUGGCCGAAGACGAACGCCACCGACGAGCAUACUACUUAAGCGUCGCUGCCCUUGUGUCCAACAGCAUUUACAAUUUUGGCGAGCUUCUCCUUCACCCAAUUCUGGAUGUUCUCGCACACAGCGAAGAUGACUCUUGGCUUCGUGAUCUUCUUUUUGCCUACAACCGCGGUGACUUGGCCGCGUACGGCGCACUUUCUGACCACAUUGCCGACAACAAGCUGCUGAACGAGAAUUCGACCCACCUCAAGCAGAAGAUAUAUUUGGCUGCUCUGACGGAAGCGGUUUUCCGACGCCCCCCUCACGAUCGAGCCAUGUCAUUCGUUACAAUCUCACAAGAGACUAAAGUUCGCCCGGAAGAGAUUGAGCACUUGAUCAUGAAAGCUCUGAGUCUGGGGCUAUUACGGGGAACAAUCGACCAGGUGAAUGGAGUAGCGCAGAUUACGUGGGUGCAGCCAAAGGUGCUAGAUAUGAAGCAGAUCGGAAGCAUGCGCCAACGCCUACUUGAUUGGGACUCGAGUGUAAACCAGCUGGGCAACUGGAUCGAGAAGGCCGGCAAGGAUGUCUGGGCAGCUUAA